CACUAGUUCAGAGCAGCUGGACAGAACCCGAGGCAGGAGACCAGCAGCUCAGGAGGCUCAGGGAAGCUGGACAGAGGGUGACCAGAGCCGGGUAACACACCCAGAGUCACCGACCAACACAGAAACAUGAUGAUGUUGCAGCUCGCAGCCCUUUUAUAUUUAGGGGCUAUCUCUCUGGCUGAAAUACCUGAGCUCGGGGAUGUCUGUACGGAGGGCAGCUGUUACCCUGCCACUGGAGACCUGCUGAUUGGCCGAGCUCAACAGCUCUCCGCCACCUCAACCUGCGGCCUAGGAAAACCUGAACCUUUCUGCAUCGUCAGUCAUUUACAGGAAGAGAAGAAAUGCUUUGUGUGCGAUUCCAACAAGUCCUUCGAUGAAACAGAGCACACAACCAGCCACAGAAUCGAAAAUGUGGUGACAACAUUUGCCCCUAACCGACUCAAGACUUGGUGGCAGUCAGAAAAUGGCAUGGAGAAUGUGACCAUCCAGCUGAACCUGGAGGCCGAGUUCCACUUCACCCAUCUCAUCAUGACCUUCAAGACGUUCCGACCCGCUGCCAUGGUGAUCGAGCGCUCGGCUGACUUUGGGAAGACGUGGCAGGUGUACCGUUACUUCGCUUAUGACUGUGAGUCGUCCUUCCCCUCCGUCUCUCAGGGACCCAUGAAGAAGGUGGAUGAUGUCAUCUGUGACACUCGCUACUCUGACAUUGAGCCGUCCACUGAGGGCGAGGUGAUCUUCAGAGUGUUAGAUCCAGUAUUCAGGAUUGAAGAUCCUUACAGCCCCAGGAUUCAGAACAUGCUGAAGAUCACCAACCUGAGAGUGAAGUUCACGAAGCUGCACACACUGGGAGAUAACCUGCUGGACUCCCGUAUUGAGAUUAAGGAGAAGUACUACUAUGCUAUCUAUGACAUGGUGGUGAGGGGUAACUGCUUCUGCUAUGGUCACGCAUCUGAGUGUGCCCCUGUCGAUGGAGCUGGAGAAAUGGUGGAUGGAAUGGUCCAUGGCCACUGUAUGUGUAAUCACAAUACUAUGGGUCUGAACUGCGAACGCUGUCAGGACUUUUACCAUGACCUGCCUUGGAGACCCGCAGAGGGACGCAACACUAACGCCUGUAAAAAGUGCAACUGUAAUCAGCACAGUGACUCCUGCCACUUCGACAUGGCCGUGUAUCAGGCUUCCAGUAACAUCAGUGGAGGAGUGUGUGACGACUGUCUGCAUAACACCAUGGGUCACAACUGUGAGCAGUGCAAGCCCUUCUUCUACCAGCAUCACGAGAGGGACAUCCGUGACCCCAACAUCUGCGAGCCCUGUAACUGUGAUCCUGUCGGCUCUCUGAAUGGAGGAAUCUGUGACGCUCUGACUGAUGUCUCUCUCGGUCUGAUCUCUGGUCAGUGUCGCUGUAAACCCAAUGUGGAGGGCGAGCGCUGUGACCAGUGCAAGCAAGGUCAUUACGGCAUCAGUGAUGACCCACUGGGAUGUAAACCAUGCACCUGUAAUGCCCUGGGGACAGUUCCUGGAGGAAGCCCUUGUGACACGGACUCUGGAGACUGUUACUGUAAGCGUUUGGUGACGGGGAGAGAUUGUGACCAGUGCUUGCCUCAACACUGGGGGCUCAGCAAUGACAUGGACGGCUGCAGGCCGUGUGACUGUGACAUUGGAGGAGCUGUUAAUAAUGAUUGUUCUGCAGAGACAGGCCAGUGUCAGUGUCGGGAGCAUAUGUUUGGAAGACGCUGUGACCAGGUGGAGUCUGGCUUUUACUUUAUUGCUCUGGACCACUACGUUUAUGAGGCAGAAGAUGCGAAGUUUGGACCCGGUGUGACGGUUGUCCAGAGGCCAUUCCCUCAGGAUCGUACUCCGACCUGGACUGGCAUUGGAUUUGUGAAUGUUCCAGAAGGAGCUUACCUGGAGUUUAACAUUGACAAUAUUCCACACUCAAUGGAGUAUGACAUCCUCAUUCGCUAUGAACCCCAGCUUCCAGAACAGUGGGAGGAAGUACUUAUGACUGUCAUCAGGCCUCGUGUAAUCACUGCUGACAGCCGCUGUGCCAACACCAUGCCAGACGAUGACAACCAAAUGGUGUCUCUCCAUCCUGGCUCCAGAUACAUAGUGCUGCCCAGGCCAGUGUGUUUUGAACAGGGGUUGAACUACACCAUCCGCUUGAGUCUUCCUCGCUACUCCACCAACAGUGACAUCCAGUCCCCAUACACACUCAUUGACUCGAUUGUGCUGAUGCCUCACUGUAAGAACCUGGAGAUUUUCUCCGGCUCCGGGUCAGAGGGAGGUGACCUGGAGACCAACAGUGCCUGGGAUACCUUCCAGCGCUACCGCUGCCUGGAGAACAGCCAAAGCGUGGUGAAGACCCCCAUGCCUGACAUCUGCAAGAACUAUAUCUUCAGUGUGUCAGCUCUGCUGCAUCAGGGGGCUAAAGCGUGUGCGUGUGACCCUCAGGGUUCUCUCAGUACUGUGUGUGACCCGAAUGGAGGCCAGUGUCAGUGUCGGGCCAAUGUGGUGGGCAGAAACUGUGACACGUGUGCCCCCGCCACCUUCCUCUUUGGACCUCUAGGCUGUAGACACUGUGAGUGCGAUCCUCAGGGCUCACUGCAUGCGUUCUGCCAUGAGGCCACCGGUCAGUGUGAGUGUAUUCCUGGAGCGUAUGGGCGUCAGUGUGACCGAUGCCUCCCUGGACACUGGGGGUUCCCUAACUGCCGGCCCUGUACCUGCAACGGCCACGCUGAGCAGUGUGACCCUCUGACUGGACAGUGCUUGAACUGCAAAGACCACACCACUGGCCACAACUGUGAGAGAUGUUUGAAUGGACAUUAUGGUGACCCCAUCCUGGGCUCCGGAGAUCACUGCCGCCCCUGCAUGUGUCCAGAUGGUCCAGGCAGCAGACGGCAGUUUGCUGGGGCGUGCUAUAAGAACCAUGACUCAUACCAGGUGUUCUGUGUCUGCAAUCAGGGCUAUAAAGGUGCCAGGUGUGAUGAGUGUGCGCCUGGUUAUUACGGCAAUCCUCACGAGGCAGGUGGAGAGUGCCGACCCUGUCAGUGUAAUAAUAACAUUGACCUGGUGGAUCCGGGGUCCUGCGAUGCCCACACCGGUGCCUGCCUCAAAUGCCUCUACCACACUGAGGGAGAGGGCUGCAGUCGCUGCAAGUUGGGUUACUAUGGCAACGCUCUUACCCAAAACUGCAGACGGUGUGUGUGUAACCACAUGGGUACCAGGAAGGAGACCUGUCCCUCUGUGGGCGAGUGCCACUGCGACCUGAGCAGUGGCCAGUGCCAGUGCCUGCCUAACGUGGUCGGACAGCACUGUGACUUGUGCGCUCCAGAUACUUGGAACAUGGCCAGCGGACGAGGCUGUGAGGCCUGUGACUGCGACCCCAAUCACUCCUUCAGCUCCUCCUGCAAUGAGUUAAGUGGACAGUGCUCGUGUAAGCCUGGGUUUGGAGGAAAAACAUGCAGAGAGUGCAGGGAGCUGUUCUGGGGUAACCCUGAGAUCAAAUGUCAUGCAUGUGACUGUGACCCCAGAGGAAUUGCUGAGCAGCAAUGUAACAAAGCCACAGGGCACUGUGUGUGUGUGGAGGGUGUGUCCGGCCCCCGCUGUGACACUUGCGCUCGCGGGUACUUUGGUGAGUUCCCGAACUGCGAACGCUGCCACCAGUGCUUCAGCGAGUGGGACAUUAUCAUAGGAGACCUCACCAACCAGACCCACAGACUCAUGCAGAAAGUCAACACCAUUAAAUCCAGCGGCAUCACCGGACCCUACCAGGACACCAUCAACAAUGUGGAGAGGAGUGCUAACACCAUCCGUGACAUUCUGGCCCAGAACCCGGCAACCCAGCCACUCACUGAGAUGCAGGCCCUGCUGGAGCAAGCUACAACCUUGAUGGCUGAAAUGAAUGAGAAGCUGAAUCAGACAGAGGAGUUCAUGUCUCAGAUCUCAGAUGAAAACAACGGCACAAAUACCAAGCUGGAGUCAUUCAGUGAGGAGGCUCAAAAACUGCAGCGCACUGUCAAAGAUCUGCAAGACCAAGUUGAGUUUAUAAGGAACUCAGAUGUGAGAGGAGCGUCUGACAGCAUUAGCAGGUACUUCCAGCAGUCUGAAGCAGCAGAGGCUCGUGUGAAUGCCUCCGCCUCUGACCCGGAGAGCCUGGUGCAGCAGUCUGCCUCAGUGCGCAGGGAAACAGAAGACAUGAUGAACCAGACUAAAGAGGAGUUUAACAACAAGCAGGACGAGUAUGCUACUGCUCUGGACAAUUUAGCUGGUCAGCUGGAGACUCUGGACCUGUCUGAUCUCAGUGAGAAGACCUGUGGCAGUCCUGCUGGCUCUGAGGCCUGUGCUGACUCCCCCUGUGGAGGCCUGGGCUGCGUGGAUGCUGAAGGAAUCAGGAAGUGUGGGGGCGAAGGAUGUCUUGGCCUCACCACAUUGGCCCAUAAUGCCUGGCAGAAAGCCAAGGACUUUGACCAGGACAUCGUCAGUGCCAUGCAAGAGGUCGACAAGCUCUCCAAGAUGGUUUUGGAAGCGAAGGUGAAAGCGGACGAGGCUAAGCUAAAUGCUCAGGAAGUUCUGCUGAAGACCAACGAGACCAAACAGCGUGUGGACCUCAGCAACGAAGAGCUGCGCAAACUCAUCAAGCAGAUUAGAGAUUUCCUCACACAAGAGGGAGCCGAUCUGGAGAGCAUUGAGGCGGUGGCUAACGAGGUGCUGCAGAUGCAGAUGCCCACCACACCGGCACAGCUGCAGAACCUGACGGAUGAGAUCCGGGAGCGUGUGAACAGCCUGUCUGACGUGGAGGACAUCCUCAACCAGAGUGCUACGGACAUCCAUAGAGCUGAGGACCUGCUGGAGCAAGCCCAAAAAGCCAGGAAAGAGGCAGCGGAUGUGAAGAGCACAGCUGAGAUGGUGCAGGAAGCUCUGGAUCUGGCAGAAAAAGCUCAGACCACGGUGACAGAGGCACUGAAACAGGCCUCCACUGACAUCAAAGGAACACAGGAUCUGCUGGUGUCUGUGGAGUCAGAAACGGCUGAUUCCGAGUUCAAGCUGAGUAAUGCUACCGUCAGGCUACUACAGCUGGAGAGGGAUGUAGCUCUGCUGAAAGAGAAAGCUCUCAAUACCUCCAUCAGUGCUGAGAAGACAGAAGAAGAUGCAGAUAGUAUUAACGAGAUGGCAGAGCAGCUCAAAAAGGAUCUGGAUACAGAGCUAAAGGAUAAGUACAGUAGUGUGGAGGAGCUGAUCACUGAGAAAGCACAGGGAGUGGUAGAUGCUAAGAAAAAAGCUGAGGUGCUUCAACAGGAAGCCAAAGACCUACUGCUGCAAGCAAGUGACAAACUACGGCUACUUAAAGAUUUGGAAAAAUCCUAUGAUGAAAACCAGAAGAAACUUGAGGACAAGGCCAACCAACUGGUGGAUCUGGAAAAGGCUGUGAAAGAGCUGCUUCAGGAAAUCAGCCAGAAAGUCUCUGUAUACAGCACCUGUCUGUUUUAACAACCGGCUCAUUAGGCAUAAGACAAUCAUUGAUAUAUUAGUACUACAGUAAAUACAAAUAAUACAAUUUUAUAUGCCAAAAUAGAAUGUAAGAUGGAUUUUAAAACUCCCUGAGCACAAAAAAAGAUACUAAAUGAAUGUAAACUCAAAUGCCCAAUAUGGCCAUGUGACUGCAAAGGCCUCUGCCAGUUCAUUUGAUUGGUUUCUAGUCUAUAUUUUUAAUUCAAAUGCUAUUGUAUUUUUUCUACAGAUAUCUGGACCUAAUUGUGUAUGACAAUAAAGCAAAUAAAGCGUUCCAGCAAGCA